ACACCAUGAACGGAUUUGAGAAGCUCAUCACCACAGUCAGCCCUAAUGGGGCGAGUGCUGAGUUUGAAGUGACACUCGCCGGAGUAUUUAAGACUGCCAAACUGGCUAAACUGAUCGAAGGGCUGAAGAGCAGUCUGCCGGCCAGCAUUAGUGUUGAAACAACAGGACUGGUUGAGAUGGACUCUCCUUCAGGGAAAGUACCCUACAAAUCGAAACAGGAACUGAACUGCUCCAUCGAUGACACCUUAAGCACAUGCAGCUGGUUUAUCACAAAACAAGGGAAUGAACAACCGGCAUCCAUCGGGAAUGGGUCACAAGUGAUAGUCGGGUCUUGGUGUUCAAACUUCACAUACCUUACACUGCUCCAGGCCACAGGGCUUUGGGAUGGUUUAUAUACAUGCAAGUUUACUGAUGGUUCAAUAUCACACAAGGCCUCUGGAAAUGUAAGCAUUGACUUGCUUCCUGAUGAAAUCACAAUGAUAAGUGAUCCCCAGACGGCAGACUGCGACGUGCCCGAUCCGGACAAAGUGAUUGGUGUGACUGUCAAGUGUGUAAUUUUACCUCCUACCAGUCCUGUAGAAUACACUGUCACCCUGUCGGUGUCAACCUUCAACGGUGAUCCGAAAACUAUGGUCAAAGAAGAAGGAAAGUCGGCGGAAAACAUUAACUAUACGUGCAAUAUACAAGUACCUUGUAGAGAAAGAAAACCAACCAUUGAAGCUAAAUGUAUAUUCGAAAACAGCCAAAAUCAGAAUAUAGAACAAAACUUAAAGAUCCCAGUCCUCUAUAAUAGUGACAAAUUUUGUGAAGCCGAAUGGCCUUGGAAAAAGACCAAGGCUGGUUCGACUGCCACCCAGCCAUGCCCGCCCAAAAGGACGGGCAACAUAAGUCGAACCUGUAAUGAAGAAGGUCAGUGGCAGUCUGAAAAGAACUACUGUGUGUCGGAGGCAAUAAACAAGUUGAGUUCUUCUGUAGAGUACUUCAAACUUGGACUUAAUGCCACCCCUGAGGUUGCUGUAGAAAUAUUUUCUGGCCUGAAAAAUAACAGUGCCGCCGGCUCCAACUUGACCCUUGGUGAUAUCCAGGCCACCAUAGGAAUCCUGGAUGGAAUGGCGGAUGCCUCUUCUACAGUCACAUUACAGGAUGACUCAAUGAUGAAUGACUUCAUAGAUUCUGCUAGCAAUUUACUUUCCACACCAUGGACUGAUGACACAAGCGCUUCAGAGAGCCUGUCUAAGAACUACCUGAAAGCAGUUGAGGAGCUGGUGGUGAACAUAAAAUUAAACCAAAGUGAAGGGCACAAUUCUUCAAACAUAGAAUUACAAGUCUGCCGAAAUGAUGACACCUGUAACAGAACGAUCAUGGGUGUGCAAAUGGCAUUGUCAACUACGGCACACCAGUCUAAAGUAGUGGCACUGAAGAACCUGGCCAAUCUACUCCCAAAUAACAUAAAAAACACAGAAAGCGCAAGCAUUGUGGUUUCGGCCACUCUUGAAAAUGCCUCUCAUCACACGGCAAACAUCACCCUAGCGUUUCCUUUCGACAACACCUCAGCAACUCCUGACAAAAUUUACUGUGUUUUCUGGGAGACCAAUGGCAGUCGGUGGUCAGAAGAGGGUUGUGUGGCGAGGAUGGAAACAGAUACCAUUAUCUGUGAAUGCAGCCACUUGACCUCCUUCUCAUCACUCUUCUCCAAGGAGCCUGUUGAUUCGCCCGUUUUGAGUAUGAUCACCUACAUAGGACUUGGCAUAUCCAUCUGCUCUCUCCUUGUCUUUCUGUUCAUUGAGUGGCUAGUUUGGACUGCCAUAGUCAAGUCCAACCUCUCACAUUUCCGUCACACAUCCCUGGUCAACAUCGCCUUGUGUCUACUGCUGGCUGACUGCAGCUUCUUAGCCUCGGCGUUUCCAUUGAAACUCGGAGAGCCCUGUUGCUUCAUCAUGGUGUUGGCGAAGCACUUCUUCUUCGUCGCCAUGUUCUUCUGGAUGCUCUGCUUGGGCUUGAUGCUUCUCCACCAACUAAUCUUCGUCUUCAGUCCACUCAGGAGAAAAGUCUACAUGAUCUUAUCCUUCACCAUUGGGUAUGGCGGCCCCACAGUGACAGUUGGCAUCUCAUAUCUGUACUACAGCAGGUGGUCAGAGAGCUCUUACUACGACGACACAACGUGCUGGCUGAAGUACGAGGGCGCGAUGAAAGGCUCACUCCACGCUUUCCUCUUCCCAGUGGGGGUCAUCACAAUAAUGAACUUGUUCUCAAUGGUGGUGGUGAUCAUGACCCUCCUGAGGCCCAACGUUUCAGAGGGCAAGGCAGACGACAAGGAAACUUUGAAAAGCAUCCUCAAGGCAAUAGUGUUUCUGACCCCUGUCUUCGGUGGGACAUGGCUCCUUGGAUUCUUGAUGUUCUUCAUGGAAAGGUCAACCUUUGGAGUAUUACUUCACUAUGCUUUCACCAUUGUCAACUCGCUGCAGGGCUUCUUCAUUUUAGUAACAGGAUGUCUCGGUGAAAAAAGGGUCCGAGAUGAAGUUUUGAAAUACAUACUGGUCACUAAAUCCCCAAAAAGUGAGAGCAGGCGAAAUCUGACAUCAUCCAUUUCUAAGAAGUGAUGCCAAGAAAGCUUCUGUGGUCUGUUGGCAGUUGAUGAAUGGGUAUCAAGACCUGCUUUAGGACCAGGGUGUCACUAGGAUUUUCAAGGCAGCUCGGCCGAGAAUGGAAACAGCUAAAUGGAAAGAAGCCAUUCAGCAGGGUCCACAGAGGUCAUGCAAAGCCAUCACAGAAAUACAAAAAAAAAUGAUUAGUUUGACAGAUACUUUAUUGCGAAACAGUUGCUAUGAAAAGUAAUCUCCCCUCAGCCCUCAUGUUUCAUAGAUUGCCUCACCUAGACAACUCAUGCAUUAGGUUAGGUUUCUUGGUGACCAUACUAACAUGACCUCUAACUUAAUGUAAUGUAAACUAAUGCAAUGUAGAUUCUACCACAAAAUCCUGUAAUAUAGCCAUUAAUAUUUGAGUGACUUGUAUUUGUCUUGAAAUAAAACAGUAGCUUUGUUUGUUUGUUGUGAACA